CCCACGGGUCAAUCAGGGGCUCGCCCCUCCCUCCCUCUCCUCGGGGGGAGGGGUAGAGGAGGAGGGAAAGGGGUGGGUCAGUGGCCAGUGGCACCAAGUAUAAAGAGCCCAGGGUCGGUGCUACCGACAGCGAAGAGCUUCCUACUCUGACUCCUCCCUCCCCGGGUCUCGGCUCCAGCUCUACUCGACCCUCUCGGGCCUCAACUGCUUGGGGCUGCAGCAGGAAGAUGGCGGCUCCGGCGGGCGGCGCGGAGGCGGCGUUGGCGGCUGCUUUGGCGGAUGUUCCAGGACUGUCCCGUCUCCUGGAGAUUGACCCCUAUCUGAAACCCUACGCCGGGGACUUCCAGCGGAGGUAUAAGCUCUUCACCCAGACUUUGAAAAAUAUUGAAGAACGUGAAGGUGGCAUUGAUAAAUUCUCCAAAAGCUAUGAAACAUUUGGAGUCCAUCGAUGUGCUGAUGGUGGUUUGUACUGUAAGGAAUGGGCUCCAGGUGCAGAAGGAGUUUUUCUUACUGGAGAUUUUAGUGGUUGGAAUCCAUUUUCUUAUCCAUAUAAAAAACUUGAAUAUGGGAAAUGGGAACUCUAUAUCCCACCGAAGCAGAAUAAAUCUUCAGUUGUGCCUCAUGGAUCAAAGUUAAAGGUGGUUAUAACUAGUAAAAGUGGAGAAAUCUUGUAUCGUAUUUCUCCAUGGGCAAAAUAUGUGGUUCGUGAAGGUGAUAAUGUGAAUUAUGAUUGGAUACAAUGGGACCCGGAACUUUCUUAUCAAUUCAAGCAUUCUCGACCCACCAAGCCAAAGGGUCUAAGAAUCUAUGAAUCUCAUGUAGGAAUUUCUUCUCAUGAAGGAAAAGUAGCUUCAUAUAAACACUUUACAUGCAAUGUUCUACCAAGAAUUAAGGACCUUGGAUACAAUUGCAUUCAGUUGAUGGCUAUUAUGGAACAUGCGUAUUAUGCCAGUUUCGGUUAUCAAGUGACAAGCUUUUUUGCAGCAUCAAGCCGUUAUGGUACCCCUGAUGAAUUGAAAGAACUGGUUGAUACUGCUCACUCAAUGGGAAUUACAGUUCUCUUGGAUGUAGUUCAUAGUCAUGCAUCAAAAAAUUCAGAAGAUGGUCUAAACAAAUUUGAUGGAACUGAUUCCUGUUAUUUUCAUUCCGGUCCUAGAGGAAAUCAUGAUCUCUGGGACAGUAGGCUUUUUGCCUAUUCCAGCUGGGAAGUUUUAAGAUUCCUUCUUUCUAACUUGAGAUGGUGGCUAGAAGAAUAUGGCUUUGAUGGAUUCCGUUUUGAUGGUGUAACAUCCAUGCUUUAUCACCAUCAUGGAAUGGGUCAAGGCUUUUCAGGUGAUUACAGUGAAUAUUUUGGACUACAAGUAGAUGAAGAUUCUCUGGUUUAUCUUAUGCUGGCAAACCACUUGGUUCAUUUGAUAUUUCCAGAUUGUAUAACAAUAGCUGAGGAUGUUUCAGGAAUGCCAGCUUUGUGCUGUCCUAUUACACAGGGUGGAGGAGGCUUUGAUUAUCGAUUAGCCAUGGCAAUUCCAGAUAAGUGGAUCCAGAUACUUAAAGAAUUUAAAGAUGAAGACUGGAAUAUGGGAAACAUUGUACAUACCCUCAUAAACAGGCGUUACCUUGAAAAGUGUAUUGCAUAUGCAGAGAGUCAUGAUCAGGCUCUUGUUGGUGAUAAGUCCCUGGCAUUCAGGUUGAUGGAUGCAGAAAUGUAUACAAACAUGAGUGUGCUGUCCCCUCUCACUCUAGUUAUUGAUCGUGGAAUACAACUUCAUAAAAUGAUUCGUCUCAUUACUCAUGCUCUUGGAGGAGAAGGCUAUCUGAACUUUAUGGAAUUGUUCUGGAUACUGAUGAAGAGAAAUAUGGGGGACAUCAGAGAGUGGACCAUAAUACAGAUUUCAUUUCUGGGGCUUUUGAACAUAAUGGCUGUCCCUGUUCUCUUUUGGUAUACAUUCCAAGCAGAGUGGGCCUUGUGCUUCAAAAUACGGAUAUGCCAAACUGAAGAAGACAGAAUUUGCCUGCAGUAGAUUCAGAUCUUUGUUUUAUGUUCCUGUAUUUAGCAUCAGAGAGCUUUUAUUUUGUAGGCUUUAAAAAAAGUGUGGCAAAAAAAAUAUUGGGAAUUGAAUAUUGGUAUGUACACAUGAAUAUAAAAUUUUCUUUUAAAAGGCCUUUUCCAGGGCCAUAUAAAUUACAAAUGUAGAGAAAAAUUUAACUUUGCAUUUCUGGUGUUCCUGUACUAUAUUUUCAAACCUCUAAGUGGCUAGUAUUCUCAAGUUAUAUUUUACAUUUUAUAAAAAGAAAAUGUACUUUCAUCCUUUUUUAUUUGAGAUUUGAUUUAUUCAUUACAUGCUAUUAUCUUUUCUUAAUGUAAUGAGUAUGCAGAAUUUUUAAAAAAUUGAACAAAUAGUCUUAAGUUUCUUUGAUAUUUGGCAAAGAAUGCAGUGACUGAAAAGGUAUCAUGGUUGUUAUGCUGGUGAAUUUAUAAUAAUGUUAAGGAUUUUUUUUAAAAGAUAGCAUAAUAGACUUUAUUUGUAAAGGCGGUUAUGUAUGAUUUUAGCAUAACAUUUUUUUUAUUUACUGUCAUUCACAUAGCAUUCUCAAAUCCUCUUUUCUCUCAGUUUUCCCAAGCCUCAUUAUAAUAAUCGUAACAUUUCAGAAAAUCCAAAUAAUUUCAAUCAGAUUUGUCUUAAUCUAUUAUUACAGGGAAUUAAUUUAUAACAUAUUUUAACAUACUUGAUAUCAAAAUAUGUUCAUUUGCAGAGAGUAAUCACAUAAUUUAUAUGUAACUGUACCUUGCAUUUAUAGCACAAGCUACUAACAAAUAGAAUUUUGUUAAAUGGCUCUUGUGCUCAAGAUAUUUUUACUGUUAUAAAAUCAAUGAUCUUUUUAAAAGAUGCUUAAUUCAUACCUAGGUUAAAAAAAAAAGAUUGUUGCUUCUUCAAUACUUCAGAAUUGGAAUUCAAAAUUCAGUACUUCAAAAAUGGGCUGCAGUGUGACCUACGAUGCAAAUUUUAACCCCUCUAUGCCAUGGUCAGUGUGUCCAUGGUUUUCUUAAAUAUCACCAAUUUUUUGCAUACCUUUUAAGGUACAUUUUAACCACACAUUAACCUUGUUUGUUUUUGUUUUUUGUUUUGUCCUGAAUCACUUGUAAUUUACAGCAGCUAUAUUGUAAUUCUCAUUUUUAGUGGAAAACACAUACAGUACAGUUUGUUCUCUACUAACAAACUUUUGCAUUAACUAUCUUCCAUAUAAUAAGCUUUCUUUUGUAAAAUGUGGAAUGACUGUGUAUGAAAAUACAAGGUUUAUUUUGGAUUUCUAAUUUUUUUAACCCUAACGAGGAUAAUCAUUUGAAUAUAUUUGAAGGAUUAAAUGGUACUGGGUGAUAAUUUUGCUGUUGGGAAACAUGAGAUGGAAAGUCUUUUCUGAUGCAUUUCCCAUUAAAAGGCUUUAUGAAUAUACUAGCACUGUCAUAAUCUGCAGAUUAUAACUAUUAAAGAUGAAGACACAGCAACCAUCACUUUGUUAAGUAUUCCAAUUUGCAUUACCCUUAACUUAGUUUUCAUUAUGCACAAAAGUGUUACCAGGCCAUUUCCAUGUCAUGGUAGCAUGUUUUAAGAUGGAAUAUAGAAUUGUUAUUUGGAAUUGUUAUUUUGAAAAUUAUGACCAGGUCAAAAUCACCAGUGUAAUUAUGUGCUAUAUUUUAAUUAUAUUGAUUGAUUUUGUGAACAUAUUCUUUAGAUUUCACUGGUUUACAUUUUAAGGUUCCACAAAAUAAUGUAAGGUAAUUGCCCUUGUCAAGUUUUUGUGAUAGAGGAACAAUAAAUGUAUGCUGCUAAGUAAGAACAAUAAAAAUAUAUGCAAAUAAACAAAAUA